CCGAAAUGUCCGCUCCUGACGCUCGACAUCUCAAGGCCUGCAGGCCGUGCUCCAAAGCCAAGGUCCGCUGCGACCCCGGUCCGACCGAUGCUUGCCAAAGAUGUCAUCGCCUGGGGAAAGAAUGUACCAGGCAGCCUUCAAAACCGCACACGGUAAAGCGGCAUAAUGUGUCUAGUGACGUUGGACGACUAGAAAAGAAGCUUGAUGAUGUAACUUCACUACUCACGGCCUCACAAAGGUACAUAGAAAGCAUCGGCGGCAGCAAUCCUAGUCCAUUGUCUGCCACUGAUAGUGGUUUGGUCAUUCCUCCUGUAUUAGAUGAGGAUGUGGAGAAAAUGCUCGCAGAUUUCAAUGAGCGUAUCUCAAGGUUUCUUCCAUUUGUGAUACGCUCGCCUCGCAUAGGUCUUGAUGAUUUACGCACCAUUAAGCCAUUCUUGAACUUGGUUAUUCCAGCGGUUGUCUGUCAACGUGGAUCUGCACAGGCGGCUCAUUCGAUCAGAGCUAGAGAUUACUGGAUGGAGCAUAUGCUAGCUAACGGGGAGCAUAGCUUGGAUCUACUUCAGGGAUUCCUUGCGUACCUUGGCUGGACGCAGACCAUGGUGCCUGCGCCGCGUUCGACGAUGAUCAAUAACUAUCUCCAUAUUCUGGAGGCGCAGGUGAUCAACCUCGAUUUCCACCGGGAGAAUAAAAUGUGUACUCCGGGCACGGUAUUCUCCUACCUCCGGGUCUUCAAUUAUGAUGAACGCAUGCGCAGUUCCCGCACCUUAGAGGAACUGAGGGCUUACCUUGGAUGCUACUAUAUGGUCAAUAUGCUCUCAUUAUGCCUCGGAGAAAAAGAGCCCAUGGAAUAUAUGACAUCCACAGACGACUGCUGUCGUAGAAUUCAAGAAGCAGCCGAAUGUGAAACCGACCCAUACCUCCUUCAACUAGUCCGUAUAGCCCACCUGGGCGAGAAAAUUUAUCGCGCUGUCCAGUACCACGAAAAGGACAUUCCUACCGGUCUAGCACCAAAAACCAUGGCAAUACGCUGGUUACAGAAGGAACUUCAGCAACUCAAAGAUUCAUAUUCGGGUGAUUUCAUUCAAUCUCUAAUUCUCAAUCUACACUACCAUACCCUAGAGAUACUUCUAUACCGCAUAGCCCUAGAGCGCGACUUCGGAGACGCAACCUUCAACAACUAUCCUCUAACCCAAAUCGACGUCCUGUGCGCCUGUCUAAACGCCACACGAUCUCUAUUUGACACCCUCCUCUCCAUCCCACCCAUACUCUACCUCCAACUCCCAUACACCUGCUGGACGCAAAUCGGCCACGGGCUCGCCAUCCUCUCCCGCCUCCUCGUUCACAAUGACCCCACGGGCUGCUGGGACCGCGAGUGGGCCCGGCAGACAAUAAGCUUCGAAGACACCGUCGAUACUUUCUCGAUCAAAGUCGAUGAAGCUGUUGCGCAGGCGUUGGCUGAACAUAUGCAUGUCCCACCUAUCUUCAACCACAUUAAAGCUAGGACGAUCAUGUGGAAAGAGGCGCAUCAGGCGCGUUGCGCUACUAUGGAUAGAUGGAGGUGGAAUCAGGAGCAGGCCCAGAUGGCGGCUUCUUCUGGGGGUGGUGUUGGAGUUAAUGUGGAUGGAGUGGGCUCCGAUGUCAGUAUGGAGGAUUUGUUGGCUAUGGGGCCGAUUUGGAAUUUGUUUAGUUUGUAGUAUGCGUAGAUGGGUAUUUCGCGAGCUUGUGAGACUGCAGGAAUGGCCGGUGUAACGCGGUGUGUAUCUAUCUCAGCCCAGUAGGGAUGCUGUCAUUCACUUGUAAUGAUUCUAAUGGGGUCGUAGAUUAGAUUAACCCGGCAGUUCA